GCUCUCUGACUUCCGGGUCGCGGUGCUUGCAGGGAGCGCUCCGCGGGUAUCCUCGCUUCCGCUGUUGGCGGUAAAGGCAAGAUUCCCCAUUGAGCAAACCGAGGCAGCUCCAGCUCCCCCUAGUUCUUCCGUUUUGUGAGAAAACAUGUUUAUUUCUUUGUGGGAGUUCUUCUAUGGAAACUUUUUUCGGUAUUGGAUGAAAUGGAUUUUACGACAGAUGACUGGAAAGUGUGAAUUGCAACGAAUUUUUGAUACCUAUGUAGGUGCACAGAGGACACACAGGAUAGAAAAUUCCUUGACGUCUUCCAAGAACAAGGUUUUACGGGAAGCUACACAUGUCACACAGAGCGAGGUGGACAAAUGUGUAGAAGAUAUAAUGAAGGAAAAGAAUAUCAACCCUGAGAAGGAUGCUAGUUUUAAAAUCUGCAUGAAGGCUUGCUUACUGCAGAUAUCUGGUUAUAAACAGCUUUAUGCAGAUGUUGAAAAUGAGAGAAAAAAGCCAUAUGAUUCCGAUAACCUGCAACAUGAAAAGCUACUCCUCAAGCUCUGGAGUCUUUUAAUGCCCAAGAACAAGUUGAAGGCUAGAAUCUCCAAGCAGUGGGCCGACAUUGGUUUCCAGGGUGAUGAUCCCAAAACAGACUUCAGAGGCAUGGGCAUACUUGGAUUAAUCCAUCUUGUGUAUUUCAGUGAAAAUUAUACUGCCGUAGCUCAUCAGAUUCUUUCCCGCUCAAAUCAUCCAAAAUUAGGGUAUUCUUAUGCAAUAGUUGGAAUCAAUCUUACAGAGAUGGCUUAUAGCUUGCUGAAGAGUGAAGCUUUGAAGUUUUAUCUGUACAAUUUUGUUCCUGGUAUACCAACAAUGGAACACUUUCAUCAGUUUUAUUCUGCUGGGAUCUUGAACCGAUUUAACCCUUUGUCAGUGUACGUAAUGAAAAGAGUGGUCGGCAUAUGGAAGGAAAAACAUUUUAAAUCCUUCAGUGAAAUAGGACUUGGUGAGAGAUUUGCUUAAAGGAGGAGUGUUACAUGAGUGAAAAGUGGACCGCCCAUCGCCAGAGCAGAAGAGAUUAAACUGUUACAUUGGCUGGCACAGCAGAAAGGCAGUUAGGCUUGGAGGGCAAUAAUGUUUAUUAUCUUUCUUUAAAUUAUGGUUGGGGCCCAGCAGCUAUUUUCUCAGGAUAAAUGCGCCACCCCACUUCUCUGUGAACAAGUCUGGGGAGGCCUAAUUUCCAUUUUCGUAUUUAUGAAUCUCUGCAUACAGUUUUUAAAUGAAGAUUAAUGGCAUUGUCAAAAUCUGCGAGAAAUCAUGGCUUAAACUUUUUGUUUUUCUGGCUUCAACUUUUGUUGAGAAAAAUUGAGUGUUCAGGUGAAACCCAACUACUACAUUAUCAAUUCUACAUUUCUGUUGAACAGAGUAUUCAAAAACUAUGUCAGUAGUAGUUCUGCCUAGAGGGGGAAGUGCCCGUUGGCAACUUAAAUUGAUUUGUGUCUCCUUUGACUAAGAUGGCUGACUUCUUAUAUAAAAGCAAUAGUGUGAAAUGUGAUGUCAUUUUGUUCAGAAUCUUAAAUGAGCAAAUAAAAAAUACAUUGAAAUUGUUAAAAAGCCUUUCUAUUGAUACUUCUGCUUCCCUCCCUCUGUCUCUUACUCAAGUCGUUUAUGUUCAUGAAACACUGCUUUUCUUAUUUCAUCUUUUAAUCAUGUUGCUAUAGAGUAAAUCAGAAUAGACAGAAAAAAAAAGUUCCUCUUUUUUGUGACUCUUUUAAAGUCAUCCACUAAUUACCUAUUUAAAAUGUUAUUGAGUGAGAACAAUUGUUCAUGAAACUAAAACUUGCUUCAUUUUAAAAGAAACCACUGGAAAUUAUAUCCACCAGACCGCCCUCGUUUUUACAAAGGACAGGAAUAAUUAAUACUGUCCUGCGUGGUUUUUUCCCCCUAAGUUCACAAUGUAUCUUGAAGCUAUCUUCGUAUUAAUAUAUAGCUUUCUCCUUCUGUUUUUUUUUUUCUCCCAUAUUUACUUAUUUAUAAUCUUCUGCUUUUAUAAGCAAUGCUGGAAGGAAAAACCUUGUAGGGUACACACAAGUUCAGAUUUACCGGGUAAUACCAAACUGCUUUACAAACUGGUUUACUGAUACACACUACCACAAGCUGUGUAUGGUAGUACCUAUUUCUGCACACCCUGGCUAAACAGCAUGUGGUCAAACUUUUGGAUAUCUGCAGGCUAGGAAAAAGGUUACUACAGGUGCUAAUGAUGGACUUGGCUUUGCUGAGAAGAUGCCAGGAAGAUUGAUUUUCAUGUCAGCAGGAAAACUCAAGCUGUCCUCUCUCUUCCCUGGGUAACUUCCAGCUCUAAAACUCUGAUUCUAGGAUAAAUACAAUGACUGUACUCAUGGCCAAGUGAAUAUAGUGUCUUAGAUUAGAAACUGUUACAAUUUCCAUAAAAUACAGACUCUGAAAAUUAAAAAUCCAGUAACUUAAAUUAAGCUUAUGCCUACUGGUUAUAAAGACUUCACUUGUAAUUGGGCAAUUUUGUAUUCUAGGUGAAUUUCUACUCUUUUAUCCAGGUAUAAAUCCCAAAAGACAAACUUUUAAAAGGUAUUAGCAAUAUUUUAUUGGAUAUAUUAACUGACAACUGUGGUUAAUAAAAAGAAAACUAAUAUUUUCUUUGAUAACUUCAAGUAUUUAUAAAUAUAAAAUGCAUUUCAUUCAGUUUACCUUUUCUACCAGUUUGAGUUAUAAUUAAAACAUGUUAAAGUUCUUCAUAUUCGACCAUAAAAUUUUUUAAAAAUACAGUAAUUUUUCUGGACAUUUCAUUGCCAGGGUGAGUACUGAAUGUUUUGCUUUCAUCUUCUUAAGAUGAAAAGAAUAAAAGUUACACAAAAUAGAUACUAGUUUUGCUUUAAAAAAAAAAAAUCCCAAACUCUCAAUUUACCAGAAUUCUGU